GACUCCAGGCGGCUGGGCUGCGCCGGGCACUGCCAUGAACCACUUCCAGGCCAUUCUGGCUCAGGUGCGGAUGCUGCUCUCCAGCCAGCAGCCCAGGCAGGUGCAGACCCUCCUGGACAGCCUGCUGGAAGAAGAGCUGCUCUCCCGGGAAUACCACUGUGCCCUGCUCCGGGAGCCUGACGGCGAAGCUCUGGCCCGGAAGAUUUCUCUGAGCCUGCUGGAGAAAGGGGGCUUAGGCUUGGCUUGCUCGAGCUGGGUCCAUAGCAGGCUGCAGGACCCAGUGUUAGAGAGGGUCACCAGCUACAGGGACCAUGGAGGUCAUAGUCUGUGUGCCACCAUGGAAUUGGGGCUUCCAGAGGGUAGCUACUUGGAGCUCCUUAACAGCGAUGCUGACCCCCUCCACCUCUACCACUUGUGCGACCAGAUGGACCUGGCUGGAGAGGAGAUCGAGCUCAGCUCAGAGCCAGACACAGACACCAUCAACUGUGACCAGUUCAGUAAGCUGCUGCAGGACAUGGAAGGGGAUGAAGAGACCAGGGAGGCCUAUGCCAACAUCGCGGAACUGGAUCAGUACGUGUUUCAGGACACGCAGCUGGAGGGCCUCACCAAGGACCUCUUCAUAGAGCACAUUGGAGCAGAGGAAGGCUUCGGUGAGAGCAUUGAGGUUUCUGGAGAAGCAGGACAGAGGCCCCAGAAGAGACGCUCCACAGAAGAGCACCCUACGGAUUCCAAACACAGGAAGCUAGCCGAGUCCUCUUCCAUGCCCAUAUUGACUGGCAGCUUCCUGAUGGGGCCAGCAAGCCUCUCCGCCAUGCCUUAUUUAUCACCUACUCUAUCCAAUCAAGAGCCAGUGCCCAGCCAUUUAUACCUGGAGGGAGCUGUUCAGACAUCUGGGCCCCCCUCUAGGUCCUCACUGAACUGUCUGGAUCUCCCCAUCGGACACAUCCAGCUUCUUCCUACUCUGCCCCAGGGACUUUUGCAAAUCUCAGGGGCUGGCACAAGUCUCUCCAGUGUUCUGAUCUACCAUGGUGAGAUGCCCCAAGUUAACCAAGCAGUCCCUUCAGGCAGCCCCAAUGUCCCCAGCCUCCCCAAAUCCCCAGGGCGGCCGGGCUCCACCAGCCCCUUUGCACCAUCUGCAGCUGACCUGCCCAGUAUGCCUGAACCUGCGCUGACCUCCCGUGUUAAUGAAACAGAGGACACAACAUCCCCCUCCCCAUGCCAGGAAGGUCCUGAGUCUUCCAUCAAGCUUCCAAAAUGGCCAGAGUCUGUGGAGCGGUUCCAGCACUCCCUGCAGGACAAGUACCGGGUGAAGCCUGAGAGCCUGAGCAGUCCCCUGGUAGCCAUGGAGCUGGUACGGGCCAGGUUGGAGAGAGGCAGCAACAAGAGCCAGGAAAGGGAGCUAGCCACUCCAGACUGGACAGAGCGCCAGCUAGCCCAUAGUGGCCUAGCUGAGGUGCUUCAGGUCGUCAGCAGCCGCCGGUGGCCACGAGAGACACAGGUGGUCGCUGUGCUGGGCAAGGCUGGCCAAGGCAAGAGCCACUGGGCCCGGAUGGUGAGUCAGACCUGGGCCCGUGGCCAGUUGCCACAAUAUGACUUUGUCUUCUAUGUCCCAUGUCACUACUUGGAUCGUCCAGGCGACUCCUAUCACCUGCGCGAUCUGCUCUGUCCCCCAAGCCUGCAGCCACUGGUCAUGGAUGAUGAGGUCUUAGGUCACAUCGUGAGGCAACCGGACCGUGUCCUGCUCAUUCUAGAUGCUUUUGAGGAGCUAGAGGCCCAAGAUGGUCUCCUGCACGGACCAUGUGGACCUCUGCCCCCAGAGCCCUGCUCCUUCCGGGGACUGCUAGCUGGGCUGUUCCAGCGGAAGCUGCUGCGCGGCUGUACCCUGCUCCUCACGGCCCGGCCCCGGGGCCGCCUGGCUCAGAGCCUGAGCAAGGCAGACGCCAUCUUCGAGGUGCCCAGCUUCUCUACUAAACAGGCCCAGACUUAUAUGAGGCACUACUUUGAGAACUUGGGAACAGCAGGGGACCAAGACAAGGCCCUGGGCCUCCUGGAGCACCAGCCCUUUCUCCUCACCCACAGUCACAGUCCUGCUCUGUGCAGGGCUGUGUGCCAGCUCUCCAAGGCCCUGCUGGAACAGGGCACAGAGGCCCAGCUUCCUUGUACACUUACAGGACUCUAUGUCAGCCUGCUGGGCCCUGCAGUCCGAGACAGUCCUCCGGGGGCCUUAACUGAGCUGGCCAAGCUGGCCUGGGAGCUAGGCCGCAGACACCAAAGCACCUUGCAAGAGAGCCAGUUACUAUCCGUGGAGGUGAGGACCUGGGCAGUGACCCAAGGCUUGGUGCAGCCCACCCUGGGGACCACAGAGGACCAGCUGGCCUUCUCUAGUUUUCUGCUACAGUGCUUCCUGGGUGCUGUGUGGCUCGCACAGUGUGAUGAAAUCAGAGACAAGGAGCUGCCACAGUACCUGGCCUUGACCCCAAGGAAGAAGAGACCCUAUGACAACUGGCUGGAGGGUGUACCACGCUUUCUGGCUGGAUUAGUUUUCCAGCCUCGAACCCAGUGCCUGGGAGCUCUGGUGGAGCCUGCAGUGACAGAAAGGAAACGGAAAGUUCUUACCAGGUACCUGAAGCGCCUACAGCUGGGGACGCUGCGGGCCAGCCGACUGCUGGAGCUGUUACAUUGUGCCCAUGAGACACAGGAACCUGGGAUUUGGGAGCAUGUAACACACCAGCUCCCUGAGCAUCUCUCCUUCCUGGGCACCCGGCUCACACCCCCAGAUGUGCACAUGCUGGGCAGGGCCCUAGAGACGGCCAGCCAGGACUUCUCCCUGGACCUUCGUCAAACUGGCAUUGAGCCCUCUGGACUGGGAAACCUCGUGGGACUCAGCUGUGUCACCAGUUUCAGGGCCUCCUUGAGCGACACAAUGGUGCUAUGGGAGUCCCUACGGCAGCAGGGAGAGUCCCAGCUACUCCAGGCAGCAGAGGAGAAAUUCACCAUUGAGCCAUUCAAGGCCAAGUCUCCCAAGGAUGUGGAAGACCUGGACAGCUUGGUGCAGACCCAGAGGCUGAGAAACCCCUCGGAGGAUGCAGCCGAAGCUCUUCCUGCCAUCCGGGACCUUAAGAAACUAGAGUUUGCGUUGGGCCCGGUAUUGGGCCCCCAGGCUUUCCCCACACUGGCAAAGAUCCUUCCUGUGUUCUCAUCCUUGCAGCACCUGGACCUGGACUCACUCAGUGAGAACAAGAUUGGGGACGACGGUGUGUCGAAGCUCUCAGCCACCUUUCCUCAGCUCAAGGUCCUGGAGACGCUCAACCUGUCCCAGAACAGCAUCACGGAUGUGGGUGCCUGCAAGCUUGCGGAAGCCCUGCCUGCCCUUGCCAAGUCCCUCCUAAGGCUGAGCCUGUACAAUAACUGCAUCCAUGAUGCAGGAGCCAAGAGCCUGGCACAAGUGCUUCCGGACAUGGUGUCCCUGCGAGUGAUGGAUGUCCAGUUCAACAAGUUCACGGCUGCCGGUGCCCAGCAGCUGGCCUCCAGCCUUCAGAAGUGCCCUCAAGUGGAAACGCUGGCAAUGUGGACACCUACUAUCCCCUUUGGGGUUCAGGAACACUUGCAGCAGCUGGAUUCCCGGAUCAGCCUAAGAUGACCCUGCUGUGCUCUGGACAAGCACGGACUCGGGGACGCUGACCACGCUGGACCUUGCACUGGGUACUGUGGACUCAGUGCUUCUGCAGGGAGUCGGCCUCUGGUCACCCUGCCCCUUCAGGCUCAGAGUCGCCUCUGCCUAGAUGAGGGACGGACACAAGUCUUGGUCUUCUACAGGCCCCAAGAGCAGUUCCAUGCUCUUACAGGGCCAGGUAGGAAGCCAGCCCCAUUCGGUGGUUCUGAGCACUAGCAGACAGGCUUGGGGCUGCAUUCAGUGGCUUCACCCAGGAGGCCGAAGACCUUCUCUCUGACAUUCUAGACCAGAGUGCAGAACUGAAGCAAUGAAGUACCAGCCAGGCCAGGGCCAGCCUGGUGAGAAGGCACUUCUUCCCUGCCACUCCCGAUAAGGCCUGCUGGGUGCUCUGAAGACACUCAGGGUGGCCCUCGGCCUGAAGACUUCUAAAUGUGACAGGGAGUCUAUGACAGCUCUUUCUACUUGUGGACUGUCUCCACAAACCUUCAGUCAAGGCUGAGUCAGGCCUGGCUGAGAUCCUGGGUGUGAACCAAGAGCUAGGGAAAUGGUAGACUACAGGACUGGAAGGGCUGCGGCUGGGAGCUGCUGCGCUGGGAGCUGCUGCGGCUGGGAGCUGCUGUGAUGGG